UUCACAAUGAAGGUCUGGACCUGUCUCUGUCUUCUCUUACUGCCAGCCUUCGUCGUUUCCGAUGGCGGAACGUUUGACCCCAAUGCAAUGGCAUUUGGGACAAGUGAUGGCAGUAGCAGCAGUGGUGCUGGCGCCUUAAGCGGUGGUUCCGGUGGUGGGGCCAGCUUUGACCCAAAUAAGAUAAACGCCAACUUUGGAAGCAGUGGCGGAGGGUUCGGCAGCAGUGCUGGAGGUAGUUCCGGUGGGUUCGACACUAGUGGUGGAAUUGGCGGCAGUGGCUCUAGCGGAGGCAGUUCCGGAGGAUUUGGCGGAAGUGGGUUUGGCAGCAGUUCCAGUGGCGGUGGGGGAGCAAGUUUCGAUCCUAACGCCGCCGGCUUCGGAAGUAGCGGGACCAGCAGCGGAGGUAGUAGUGGAAGCAAUGGUGGAUUUGGCGGAAGUGGAUUCGGAAGCAGUUCUGGUGGUAGCAGUGGCAGUAGUGGUGGAUUUGGCGGAAGUGGAUUCGGAAGCAGUUCCGGGGGCAGCAGUGGCGGAUUUGGCGGAAGUGGAUUCGGAAGCAGUUCCGGUGGUAGCAGUGGCAGUAGUGGUGGAUUUGGCGGAAGUGGAUUCGGAAGCAGCAGUGGGAGCAGUAGUGGAAGUAGCGGUGGAUUUGGUGGAAGUGGAUUCGGAAGCAGCAGUAGUGGCAGCAGUGGCGGAUUCGGCGGAAGUGGAUUUGGAAGCAGUUCCGGUGGGGACAGUGGCAGUAGUGGUGGAUUUGGCGGAAGUGGAUUUGGAAGCAGUAGUAGUGGGGGCAGCAGUGGCAGCAGCGGUGGAUUCGGCGGAAGUGGAUUCGGAAGCAGCAGUACCGGGGGUGAUAGCAGUAGUGGAAGUAGUGGAGGAUUUGGAGGAAGUGGAUUUGGUGGCAGCAGUUCCAGCGGCGCAAGCGCAGCAGGAAGCUUUGAUCCUAAUGCCAUCAAUGCCAACUUUGGAGGACGACGAUAGACGAAUAUUUAUGUCUUGUUAUUUAUUAUACACGAAUAAAACACCUAUAAAUGAU